UCCAUAUCCCUCUUGUCGCGUGCUCGUCGGCACCGGAAACAAAGAAGCAGUCCGGGCAGAAACAUGACAUAAUUCAAGCUAGUGCUGUUGUGUAACUACACACGCUACUGCUCAUUUACAAUUGGCUCGAUGCUGGAUUGAACCCAAACAACUCUGUCUGUCGGCAGCUGCAUCACUAUGCCUGCCGAAGGCACAGAGGAGCAGGCGUCUCUGUCCAGCCCUGCCAGUGCUGCCCUCACUUUAGGAUGGCCAGAGGAUGAGGGAGCUGCAAGGGGCAAAGCCCCGUGCUCCUUCCCUGAGAACACCCAGGGUUCCGAGGCAGCUGCAGCCUAUCCCACAUGUCCUGGGCCCGGGGACAACGACAAUGGUAGCAAAAGGUCAGGAGCUAUAUUGCACAUUGACCGACAACGCAUCCAGGAAGCCUCUGCCAGUUCUGGAGCUGAUGAACUCCAGGGUCUUGGUGUGGCUGUUUAUGACCAGGAUGUACUUGAGCAAGGUGUCCUGCGGCAAGUGGAUGAAGCGAUCCAGGAGUCUAGUCAGGCUGCUGCUAAAGCUGAGGCUGAGAAGGAGUACCACUCUGUGCUGGAUGAUGUGAGAUCUGUUACGGUCUCUCUGAAGCACAUCAACAAGAUAAUUGAGCAACUUUCUCCAUAUGCAGAAUCCAGCAAAGAUAUAAGUCGAAAGAUUGAAUCUGUCAAAAGGCAAAAGGAAAAUAAGGAAAAACAGCUGAAAAAAAUCAGGGCGAAACAGAAGCGGCUUCAGGCCAUUCUGGGAGGAGAGGACUCUCAGCGAGUGGAAGCGGAACUUUUGGCUGAAGAUGAUGAAGAAGAAGAACCUGGACCCUCCACACUGGGCAGCAUGCUCAUGCCAGCUCAGGAGACUGAAUGGGAGGAGCUUAUUCGUAAAGGUCACAUGACCCCUUUUGGAACCAGAAUACAACAGAAAGAGGCAAAGAAAGAACCUCGGAAGCUGAUGUUGGCUGAGAACUCAGCGUUUGACGAGUACUUGGCAGAUCAGGCCAAGAUGGCAACUGAGAGGAAAAAAGUGCCACUUUUAAGGAAGAAGAAGAAAAGCGCAUCUUUCAGCUCAACUGAGGGGACAAGUAGUAAAAUUCCAAAAACGGUUUUCUCAUCUAAGGACAAGAAACUGAAGAAGCGCAUGCGAAAGCUGCAGAUAACUGCUUUGAAGGCACAUCCCAAAGCUCGACCCAAAGCUGAGCCCCAGCCGCCCAAACGGAAGAGGAAGAGACACACGGAGGGAGAGGAAACGGACAGUGAAGGAUCAGAGUACCUGCCCAGUGAGGAAUUUCUGGAUCUUGACCAAGAAGAGAGAGAAGCUAUGCUUGAGGGUUUUGGGGAGGAUGAUGAUGAUAAUGAGUAUGAACUUAAACCUUAUAAGAGAAAACCAGAGCAUUGGAGGAAGAAGAAAGCAAACGAUGAUGAGGAAUACCACCCUGACAGUUCAGAUGAAGAGGAAAAUGGCAGUGGUAAAAUGAAGAGAUAUAAAGACGAUGGAGAUGUGGAGUACUACAGGCAACGAAUAAGGCGAUGGAAACGAAAUCGCCUUCGAGAAAAGGAAGAGAAGAGAGAAAGAGGUGAAGAGAUGUCAGAUGACAGCGAUGCAGAGUUUGACGAAGGCUUCAAAGUUCCAGGUUUCCUCUGGAAAAAACUUUACAAGUACCAGCAGACAGGUGUGCGCUGGAUGUGGGAACUUCAUUGUCAGCAGGCCGGCGGCAUCUUGGGAGAUGAGAUGGGAUUGGGCAAAACCAUCCAGGUCAUCAGCUUUCUGGCUGGGCUGAGCUACAGCAAACUAAGGACUAGAGGGUCCAACUACAGAUAUGCUGGUCUGGGUCCAACAGUUAUUGUGUGUCCAGCCACAGUCAUGCACCAGUGGGUCAAAGAGUUUCACACCUGGUGGCCACCUUUCAGAGUUGCCGUUCUCCAUGAAACCGGCUCCUUCACCAGCAAAAAGGAAAAACUCAUUCCAGAAAUAGCCUCGUGUCAUGGGAUCCUCAUUACCUCAUAUUCAGCUGUAAGAAAUUUGCAGGACAUCCUAAUACGUUAUGACUGGCACUAUAUCAUACUGGACGAGGGUCACAAGAUCAGGAAUCCAAAUGCUGCAGUCACUGCUGCUUGCAAGCAGUUUCAAACUCCUCACAGGUUCAUACUGUCCGGAUCACCGAUGCAGAACAAUUUGAAGGAGCUGUGGUCUCUGUUUGACUUUGUCUUCCCUGGUAAACUCGGGACGCUGCCCGUCUUCAUGGAGCAAUUCUCUGUGCCUAUUACCAUGGGAGGAUACAGCAACGCCUCACCUGUGCAGGUCCAGACGGCAUAUAAGUGUGCGUGUGUGCUGAGGGACACCAUAAAUCCUUACCUGCUCAGAAGAAUGAAGGCAGACGUCAAGGCCAACCUCUCCUUACCCGACAAGAACGAGCAGGUGCUGUUCUGCAGACUAACAGAGGAACAACGGCAGGUCUAUCAGAGCUUCUUAGAUUCUAAAGAAGUCUACCAAAUACUGAAUGGUGACAUGCAGGUGUUCUCAGGUUUGAUAGCACUGCGCAAGAUUUGUAACCACCCGGACCUGUUCUCGGGUGGCCCCCGGAUGCUGAAGGGAAUCCCCGAGGACCAGCUAACCGAGGAGGAACACUUUGGCUUUUGGAGACGCUCAGGGAAACUGAUAGUGGUGGAGUCCCUACUUCGGCUCUGGUUCAAACAAGGCCACAGGGUUCUUCUCUUCUCUCAGUCUAGACAGAUGCUGGAUAUCUUGGAAGUAUUUGUAAGAGAGAACAACUACUCAUACCUGAAAAUGGAUGGAACAACCACGAUAGCUUCUCGACAGCCAUUGAUUGCUCGCUACAACCAGGACAGAUCCAUCUUCAUUUUCUUGUUGACCACUAAAGUUGGAGGUCUGGGAGUCAAUCUGACUGGAGCCAACAGAGUCAUCAUCUAUGAUCCAGACUGGAACCCCAGUACAGACACACAGGCCAGAGAGCGAGCAUGGAGAAUCGGUCAGACGUUGCAAGUAACGAUCUACAGACUAUUGACCGCAGGCACCAUCGAAGAGAAAAUCUACCACAGGCAAAUCUUUAAACAGUUUCUGACCAAUCGUGUUCUGAAGGAUCCGAAACAAAGACGGUUUUUCAAGUCUAAUGACAUCUAUGAACUCUUCACUCUGGCUGACCCAGAUGGAUCUCAGGGAACAGAAACCAGUGCUAUAUUUGCAGGCACGGGCUCUGACGUCAAAGUGACCAAGAAACCAGCGAGGCCGAAGCUCACGAACAACCAUUCACACUCCUCAGCAAACCAAAGAGAAGCUGCUCCAACCAGGAAACGCUCCUCCUCAGAAGACACUGCACUCUUCAAAAGUGGUACAUCCUUACCUACUCAGGGAAAAUUUAGUACAUUUACCGACUGCAAAAAUAUCGACCAAAAUGGUUCAGUUGAAGAGACAACUAUUCCAGAAAAAAACAACAACAAAGAACCUCAUGGUUCAGUCUUACUGAAUCAUCACCAGCACAAAGACUUUUCUUUAAGCAGUCCUCAGAAACACCGGGAAAAGAGAAAACACUGUGACUCUGCUGAUAAACGUAAGAAUAAAAAGGUCAAACGCUCACGAGAGGCUCGAUUCGAAGGCCACCGCAUCUCUCACCUGGUGAAGAAAAGGACUCUUCUGAAGGAGAAGGCUGAAGAAAACACAGCAGAGGAGCAGAAGAAAUCGGAUGAUUACGUCCUGUCAAAGCUCCUUAAGAAAUCUGGGAUCCACAGUGUGAUGCAGCACGACUCCAUCAUGGAAUCCUCCAACCCGGAUUAUGUUCUUGUGGAAGCAGAAGCCAACAGAGUGGCAAAAGAUGCCCUCAAAGCACUAAAGAGUUCCCGGCAGCAGUGCAGAUUGCCCUUUAACAGACCCCCUCCUCCACCUGCAAGGAAGCGUUUUGGCCAAAAGAGGAAUUCCAUCUUAGUCGGACGUUCUGUUCAGUCCACCACCACCUCCAUCAAAUGCAAGGAUAGUUCUAUUGUAAAAAAGUCAGCGUUGAAGAAACCUGGUGCAGGAGCUCAUUUCAGUGGGGAAGGAGCAGAGAGUGACUCAAACUCUGCCCCGCUAUCAUCAGCUUCCCUUCUGGCCAAAAUGAGAGCUCGAAAUCACAUCAGCAACCUCUCCAGUCGCGGAGAUGCCGAAGAAGAGGACGAGGACAACUCUGAAGCUCCAGGAACCAGUUCUCCUCCUGCUCCACCCACAGAGCACGAUGAGCUUUUAGUCGAUCUGCGCAACUUUGUUGCCUUCCAGGCAAAUGUGGACGGACAGGCCACCACGCAGGAAGUGCUGGAGUAUUUCAAACCGAGACUUACACAGGAACAAGUUCCUGUCUUCAGAGAGCUGCUCAGGAGUAUCUGCUUUUUUCACAGAACCUCUGGACAGGAGGGCAUCUGGAGGUUAAAGGAGCACUUUCGCUGACAGCAGCAGCAGAGAGGAAACACUGCUGUCUCCAGCUACAACGUUUUUACGCAGUUAUAUUAUUGAGGUGCCAAAAUCACAGCGGGCCAAAAUAAACCAUUCUACCAUCUUCAGCAACUUCUUGUUACACAAUGUUUGUAUGGGCAAUUUUAUAGUUCAAAUGGUUGUCAGUUAUCUGAAGAAAAUUAUUUUGUUUAGUGUCUUGUUUGUUUGUUUUUGUCCUUCUUUGUUGUUGUUUUUGAGAUUGGCACUUGAGGAUUCAUCCACAGCUGUAUCUGCUUCCAUGUCUUUUCAGGGGCAUUGUCCAAUGGUUAUACUUGAAUGUAGAUGUUUUCUUUCUUUUUUUCCUUAAAACUUUUAUUUAAAACUGUUUACAUGCAUUUUUUUUCCAUAGCUGGUGCUUGAAUUGAAUUACCUCAUAUCUGUCAUGUUGUUUUAGACUUUGAGAUGUAACUUCAGAUGUAAUAUAUCAUUUUAUGAAUAUUACCUCACUGUAAAGUAGGCUUUGAAGAGUACAAUGUUCAAAAUAUGUUGAGACUUCUUUGAAAUACAUUAAAAUGCCAGCCUUUCAGAAUAAUUCAAGGAACUGUGAUGUGGGCAGUAAAAAUCACGUUUUAUAUUAAAUUAAUGUAAAACAUUUUGUUGCAUACAUUUAAAAAAAUAAAUCUUUGAAAAAA